AUGUCGGAAGGAGACAUCAAACAACUUGCCACCUUCAUGGGACACUCCAAGGAUGUCCACAAAAACUUUUACAGACUUUCCGAAAGUGCUUUCCAGCUAUCAUUUAGACAAGGGGAUGGUGUUGUAACAAUAAAAACGCCUUUUGAAGAAAAAUCCAAGGAGUAUUGGGUGUUAAGCCACUAUAAGGUCGCCAAAAUUGAGAAUGUGCCAGUAAAGGACAGAUGGAAGUUCAGCGAAGCUACUGUUAGAUUGUACACAAGCGAUGAAUCAAAAGAUCAAACACUUCAUACUGGACUCAAUGAGACGAUGCAAACUAUAUUUGAUAAAUUACUAACUGAUCCGAAGCGUCAAACUAUUAAGAGCAAGACGAGUGUUUGAUUAUUAUAUGAAAAAAAUAAAUUUAAUUUAAUAAACAAAAUAUUAUUAUACAUGCUUUUUUUUUAAUUAUUCAAAACUCAAAGGUCUUGGAAUACAUAAACCUAUAAACUAUGGUUGGGGAAAAAAAAAAA